AUGAGUGAAUCCAAAGCCACAAAGGCUGCUGCAAAGAGAUUGCGCCAAUCUAAUAAUGAGUGGAGCAAUGAAUACUUUGCCAUUGCUAUCGGCUCGAUUAUGUGUCUAUUUGCUAUGUACCACUGGUUAAGUGUGAUUCACUUUCACUAUGGCCCAAGAAGGAGGUAUCCUGCGUUAACUCGGAAGUAUAGGCUCAGUAUUAAACACACGUUUCUUAUAUGCAAUAGGCAAGCUCGCCGCUUUCUCGCCAGCUCAACGAUGGGACUAAGAACCGAUCGGUCUAUUCUGUAUAUCAUCUAUUGGGCUAUCAAUCUAAUUCUUGCCCUGACCAAUGUUGACCUUACCGAAGUGACAUAUAUUGCUAAGCGAUUCGGCUGGAUUUCAGUCGCGAAUCUGGUACUUUUGGUCUUUCUGGCGUUAAAGAAUACGCCUCUCGCAAUAUUGACUGCGAAAUCCUAUGAGAAGCUUCGCCCGCUCCACAAGGUUGCCGGUUACACCUGCAUCUUCACAAGUGUCCUGCACGCUGUAGUGUACCUAUCUACGUGGUCAGAAACCGGAAAGCUGAAGAAGAUGGAGAAGAGGAAGAAUUAUGCCGGUGCUAUUGCAGGUCUUGCUAUGGUAAUUGUUGGAUUUUCAACUAUCACCUACUCCAUGCGCAGACAUUAUGAACUCUUCUACAUGUUACAUCUGUACAUGUUCAUCUUGAUUAUGAUUACUGUCGGGAUGCAUCGUCCGGAAUUCUCAAGCUCAACCGUGAUCAUCGUGAUCUUCACGGCCUGUCUUUGGGUCAUGGAUCGCCUCAUCCGGGGCGCAAAGAUAAUGUGGAACUUCUUUGGAAAUUAUGCCACCGUGACAGCUUUACCUAAUGAGGCUCUUCGGGUAAAGCUCAGUCGUCGCGUGCACUCCAGUCCUGGUUCCCAUGCCUUCUUGUGGGUUCCCGCCAUCCGCUGGGUCGAAAGCCAUCCAUUUACUCUCCUUUCUUCGACCCCCUCAGAGUUCGUGAUUCGAGUGUAUGGUGGGUUUACACGGGAUUUGUAUAGAGCUGCCCAGCAAGCACCGGGCAUGUCUUUACGCUGCUCCGUGGACGGCCCAUAUGGCCAAGUCCCUAAUUUUAGGAACUUUGACAAGGUCGUUCUUGUCGCCGGUGGCAGUGGUGCUAGCUUCACAUUUUCCGUUGUGUUGGACUUGAUUGAGUCAAACACUCCGGUGAUCAAGUCAAUCGAUUUCAUCUGGGUAGUAAGGAACCACGAUAGUCUCGAAUGGUUCGCCCAAGAGCUGAAGCAACUUCAGUCUCAUCCGGAAGUGAAUGUACUCAUCCAUAUCACUCGCCCGACCGAUAUUACCAGGCUAUCAUCUCUGACCUCAGGCCCACUCUCAGAAAAGGUUUCUGUGGAUGGAAACUUAUCUCUAGUAGAAAGUUCUCGAGCCGUUUCAGCUCAUGACCUUGAGAAGAGCACUUUGCAAAAAGUGACGGCAAAAUUGCCCUCAAUCAGUGAAUUCCGACCUGGGCGCCCAGAUAUUGGAAGUCUCAUCGAAGCCGCGGCCACAAAAGGCGGCAACUCGGAUGAUCGUGUCAUCGUCGGCGCUUGUGGUCCUAGCGACCUUAUCAGCACGAUACGAAAUGCCGUCAACGAUGACAUUCGUGAUGAUGGGUUAUCAGUCACACUUUACACUGAGUGCGAGAAUCUGACCGAAGUCCUUUCGGAAAAUCAGAAGAUUUUCUCGGCAUGCGCAUUAAUAUGGAACAUUGUGGUGUCUGGUAUCCUAGAUGAAGAAUCUGGAUGUGAUGGCUAUUUCAUUUCGCCUCUGAUGGAGUACCCCGAAGACCAGUUGCUGCUGAUUAAUUGGAAGUCUGUCGAUGUGAGUUCGCGGGCCAUUUUACAAGGUGGAAUAAAAGCUGACUCUCGCUCCCAGGCUCACCAUGAGGAAUUUGAGAAGAAGCCUGGCUUCAAGGGGUGCAUUGAUGCUUUGUAUGACUAUUACAAGGAAUUUGUUGUUCCCUGGCACAUUACUGAGUUGACUCGGGUACAAUAA